GGGCGGGUAGAGGGCGAGGGCGAGGACGCGGCCGAUGAUUCGAGGGGAGCCGCUACUGCGGCGGUUCCGGGCGCUGAGCAGACUUUGCAUAGAAAUAGGCAAUCAACAUGUCCGGUGUGUGAGAACGUUCUCGGUUACUGAUGCCAUUAAUGCACUGAGGCCAUUCUACCUUGCUGUGCACCCAGAUUUCUUUGGCCAACAUCCGAGAGAGAGGGAAAUGAAUGAAAAUUCCCUCAAGAAGUUAAAUAACCAUUUGCAGUGCCUGCAACAUCCUGGGCACCGAGCUCCUCAACCCACCAAGCUGACUUUCUAUGUCAGAGAGACCGCGGGCAAUGCAGGUGCCGCUCAGGGCAUGAAUACUCCAGGAUUUCGAGCUGUCAGCUUCACCCUCCAGACCCAGGACCUUCUCGGUACCGUAGUAAAUAUCUUGAAGUCCUGCUGUUUAUCCAUUGACCAUAUCCAGGGCUCAAAGGCUGCUGUGGACUCGCCUCAUCAAAAUGGGAGCAUUUCAUUCAGUCGACCCAUCAAGUGGGAUAAGACGUAUUAUACCUUCACAGGAUACAGGGACCCAGAGGAGGAGCUGGACUCUUCUCGGCAGCUGGAACCUACACUUGGGUUGUGGUUGAAUAAAAAUGUAUCUCUUGCUUUGAAGAGAUUGAUUGUCAGUCUUCCACUGCGGGAGGACCUGAAAAACCUAAAUACAGAACUGUGUGAGCAACUGGAAGUAACUGACAUCAGGUGGCGAAAAAGUUGGGGAAUAGCUCAUCGGUGCAGCCAACUGCACAGCCUGUCUCGUUUUGCCCAGCAGAACUCUGCAAUCUUGCACAAUAUCAAAGGGUGUACAUUAAUUUUUGCAGAGCACUCUGGAAUGAAUGCUGCAGGGCAGAUUAUGUUGGGAACUGUAGAUGUCCAUCAGCACUGGACAAAUCUUUUGGAGAGGUUGCCUACCUACUAUGAUCUUCACAGCCAACUUUGCAUGCUGGAAGAGAGGAUCAGCUUUCUUCUUGGAGACGUAGAGUUAAUUUACAAUGAAGACCUGCAGCCUUCGAUGAUGCUAGAGGAUUAUUACAGGAUGUUAAAGACCUUUCAUCAGAGUUUGGUUGUCAGCCGACCUCUGUUUCACCCACGAAGUCUAAAAGGACUGCAAAUGAUUCUAGAAAAAGGCUCUUCCGCACCUACUCUCCUUAAGACAGGCCAGCUGAGAGUACCCAUCACUUGUGACCCCUCUGCCUUGCAAUGGUUUAUUCUGAGCCAUACACGAACAGCCAGGACUUACCUGCGGAAGGAGGAGGAGUUGAAAAUCCAACAGGAAAAACUGAUCAAAGUUUGCAUAGAGCAGUUUUUUCUCAAAAGACUAUAUAAGGAGCAAAGUGUAUCCAGUGAACAAAUGGUAGAGUCCUGUAAAAGACUGCUUGAAGAGCCCACAGAGUUACCAAGGAUGCACCUGUGCAUUUCACAUUUCUAUUCAGUGUUACAGGAUGGUGACUUGUGCAUUCCCUGGGACUGGAAACAGUAGAUGGAAAGAAGAAAAACAGUGAACUGGUAUAGUUUCCGCUAUGGAAUAGUGCCAAGUGACUACAUAACGUUCACGUGCAAAAACAAGACUACAGCAUGUUUUUGAAAGUGUAGUUCACAUCCAAUGCUGGGAAAUUCCAGUUUGGCAACUAUAUUCCAAUUGUGCAAAUUAAAAUUGCAUAUAAUUUGCCAAAAGAGACAGGUCCCAACUAGUCCUGGUUUCCCUGGUUGUUCUUGAAUGCAGUCAGAUUCCAGCAAACGGAUUGUCGAACUGGCUUCAAAGAGGAAGAAACAUGAAUGCAAGCAGCUUUUGAUUCUGAGAUUUUGAAGCUCCACAAAGGUUACAAAAUGUAUCUAUUCGCUAUCUAAGAAUCUCCAUGCAAAACGAGUGAAGACUCAGUGCUGCUUCAGGGAGUUUCAAGGAAAUGCCUAAAUAAGGAAGAAUACAAUGAUACUUGUUGGGGAAUUAUGGACUAGGACUGUACACCACAGGAAGUUAAUUUUCAAUUGCAAGCAGAAUGUUGCAAUACCACCAAAACAAGAGGAUGCCUGACAUGUGACAUCUGUUCAAGGCAAAUAGUUUUGGCACCACCUAUCUAAAUCAUUUUACUACAGCACAACAGAUAGUUACCAUAAAGAUAGUUUGCACAUCUAAUGGUUUAUUGUACAGUGAUUCACAAUUUAUUGUCAACAAAAAUAUUCUACAUGCUUAAGGUGAAAUAAUACUUGACAUCAGUAGCCAAAGAGCCAAACCUUGCCUGCCCACUUCAUGUUCUGCUCAAGCCACCUCAGGGCAGAAGAGUGUUCCAAACUGAAGAUCUCUUCGUUUGCAAUGUUAACGGUUGUAUGUUUUAUCUGAAGCUUUGGUUCCGAAAUUCGAACAGCUGCCAGUAAUCUGUCCACUGCUGCGUCAUAACCUCCAUUUGCGAAUAAACUUUCGUCUUCAUACCUUUACAGAUAAAAGCCAUCAAAUUAAAACAUCUUAUUCUUGACCAAGAAACAAAGGACAUGAUUCCAAAAGAGUGAAUACCUUCUCAGCACAAUCUGUAGAGAUUGCUUGGAGACGCUGGGACUCUGAAUGUUGCUUGCAUUUGUUACUAGAAACAUUUCAGUUGCCAACAUCAUUUCCACUUCUGACAAGAAGCAAGGAAUAGGGAGCAGUUUACGGUACAGGUUCUCCUCAAUUGGUGGGUAGCAACCAUUGGAUAAAGCUUCUGUAAAAGGAAAAUAUGUUAUUUAUAUCUUAACCAAAACCACAAAAUGAUAUAGUAAUAUUCCAAUAAUCCAGUACUCAUGGGAUUUUGUGGACUGGCACUUAUUCCAAUAUAUUGGACACCAUUAUGAAUACUCCAGCAAGCUUCCAUUUUUGAAGAUAUUAGAGUAGUGUAAUAUUUUUUUUCUAAUGAAUCUUGUGUGUUUCAAGGGAACUUGGAGUAGGGCCUUGAUGAAUUUAAAGGGAACACUGGUAACAGUGGCCGAACAGUCUAGAUUUCCAAACAAUGGAAUAGUGGAUUAUUGGAGUUUAAUGUAUUUUCUGGUUGUUCUGUGCCAGAUCUACUGCCAAUUUCCAAAACAUAAUAUGGACCAUACCUAAAAUGUCUUUUAUUGUGUAAAGGUUUAAGAACACCCUGAAAGGUGCCAUAUUAAAUUCUUGCAAAAAUA